AUGGAUUUCUCUGCUUACCCGUUUGAUAACCAAGUUUGUUACUUCAAAAUGGAAAGUUAUCAAUUUACGGCCAAGCAAGUGUCCUACAACUGGUUCGACCCCCAGAUUGGCCGUUCGCCCCAAAUCCAAUUGGGUCAAUUUGACUUCGAUUUCUACAGUGUUCAGCAGCAGAAUACUUCACACCAGAACCGUUCCUACCCAACAGUAAUGGUCGAACUAGUACUGCGACGUCGGAUUGUGUACCAUCUCAUGAACACCUUCCUUCCCUCGGGUUUGUUUGUGAUGGUGUCUUGGUUAACACUCCUGGUACCUCACCACCAAAUGCCUGCUCGUAUGGUGUUGACAAUCACAACACUUCUUACCCUGGUCUCCAUGUUUGCUGGCGUGAGACAGGAAACGCCCAAAGUGUCUUACGCAAAGGCCGUCGACCAGUGGAUGAUCAUGUGCGUUAUUUUCGUGUUCUGUGUCCUCUUCGAGUUCACUGUGGUCAUAUUCCUCCACGAAAGGGGCAAAAGGACGUCGAAAGCGUCUGCAACGCCGCAGUUAGUCCAAGAGCGUCGAAAUCAAUACAAUCCUACAAACCGGGGGAGGAAUACUACGACUUCCUUCACCAACCAUGCCUCCUCCUUCCUGAGGCAUAAACCUGCAGCAAUCACGCCAGCGGAGUCAGACUCUGGCGGCCGGACGCAGAGAGAGGGUCAGGAGGAAGCGAAGCCUGAAGCCCAAGAGACUGACAUGAACGUAUGGACAUUGUGGGGGACCCGAGUCGAAGCCUGGAGCCCUGUUGCCUUCCCCAUUGCCUUCAUCAUCUUCAAUAUAUACUACUGGACAAAAUGGCUUAGCAUGAGAAAGUAGAUGCUUUUCUGUGUGGACAGUUAGGGUCAUUUCCGCUGCUGGCUAGUCUUACUGAUGGUGCCAUGCCAUUGUCAUUCUUAAUGCUACAAGUUAACAGUGUGUGAUGAAGUAGCAAUAUACCAGUUCAGUAAGAAGUACCAGCGCGGGAUCAAAUCGUAUAGUAAGAAGUCGACUCAUGGUAAAAUCAGAUAAAAAGGAAGCAGGUCAAGACAAAAUCAUUAAGAAUCUAAAGUAAUACCAUUUAAAACAGUAUUCAAAUACAUUCCAACGAUCAGCACUCUUUAUGCAAUUCAAUUUUUCCUCGAGAAGUAACAUUUUGCUGGGAUAUGAUAUUGACGUCACCUUACUUUUGACAUAAAAAAAAAAAAAAUGCAGAAAGCAGUUACAUAUGAGUAUAAAUAUUUGAUAACUAGUAAAUAUAAGUGUAGUGGGUAUGGUUAUAAAGUAUGAAUGGCAAAGAAGGGCAAAUUCACAGGCUACGAGUAAAGAAACCGUGUAAUUAUUUAGAAAAAAAAAAUUAGUUGAAUUCCAUAGUUUUGAGCAGGGGCUAUGAGCUAAAUGCAAAUGAUUAACAAUGUAGAAAUAUGCGAUGACAGCUGAAUCAAAAUAAAAGUAUGUUUUCCUUGUCUUAUUUAGUAUGAUUUAUGUAUGAUUAAAAAUAUCUCCUGU